UUGCCUUGAAAAAACCAAUGAACACAUAAUAAUCUCUUCUAUUAGGCUAUUUUCCAUCUUAAGAAUAAUCGUGUUGGACGGAUAUCUCUAGCUCAAAAGUGAAAACUACCAUUUUCGAGCUCAAUAAAAGCAGCGAAAACUGUUUGAUCAGAGCUUGAAUAUUCAUCGCAAGAUCAAUCAUGGCGUUUCAUAAUACCGCGGGCUCUGAGUUUGACCAGGUUUUGGUACAGAAUAAACAAUAUGUGAGAGUACUUGUUCUGAACCGGCCCAAGCAACUGAAUGCACUUUCUGAUCGAAUGAUUUCUCGGCUUUUGGAAUUGUUUCUAGCUUAUGAGGAGGAUCCUAAUGUGAAGUUAAUUCUUUUAAAGGGAAAUGGAAAAGCAUUUUCUGCUGGAGGUGAUGUUGCUGCUGUGGUUCAUGAUAUUCGUGAAGGUAAUUGGAGAUUAGGUGCAAACUUCUUUGAAAAAGAGUUCAUCUUAAAUUAUAUCAUGGCGACAUACAGAAAACCCCAGGUUUCUAUUCUUAAUGGCAUUGUCAUGGGAGGUGGAGCUGGUGCAUCUCUUCAUGGUAGAUUUCGUAUCGUAACUGAGAAAACCGUUUUUGCAAUGCCUGAAACAGCUUUAGGACUCUUUCCAGAUGUGGGUUCCUCCUAUUUCUUGUCAAGGUUACCGGGAUUUUUUGGGGAAUAUGUUGGUCUCACUGGAACUAGGCUGGAUGGUCCAGAAAUGCUUGCAUGUGGCCUAGCAACUCAUUUUGUUCCCUCCACGAAAUUGUCUCUUCUAGAGGAAGAACUUUGCAAGGCAAACUUGGAUGAUUUAUUGAAUAUUGAUAAACUUUUUGAUAAAUAUGCUGAACAACCUGUUUUGAAAGAGAAGAGUGCUUAUCGAAAGUUGAAUAUCAUUGAAAAGUGCUUCGCAUGUAGAACUGUCGAAGAAAUAUUAUCUGCUCUUGAGAAGGAAAAUGCCGAGAGAAAUGAUGAUUGGAUUUCUGCAGCAAUAGAAUCAAUGAAGAAGGCAUCUCCGACAAGUUUGAAAAUUGCUCUUAGAUCGAUCAGAGAAGGCAGACUUCAAGGAGUUGGUCAAUGUCUUGUCCGGGAGUAUAGGAUGGUUUGCCAUGUACUGAAAGGAGAAGUCAGCAGAGACUUCAUUGAGGGUUGCCGGGCAAUCUUGGUUGACAAAGACAAAAAGCCCAAGUGGAAACCUUCUCGAUUGGAUCUGGUCAGUGAUAAUAUGGUGAAUCAUUAUUUCUCCAAAGUAAAUGAUGAAGCAUGGAUGGAUCUCAAGCUUCCUGCGAGGUCGAAUUUACCUGCAUCAGCCAUGGCCAAGCUUUAGAUAUCCUUGUUUUUGUGAUGGCCAAGCGGAGCAGGCGCCACAUGCUCCUACGCCGAUUAUAGAUACAAUAUGCAAGGAAGAUAAAAGUGUUUCCGAUUGUAGGGCCCCUUUGUUAAUAUAUUGGAGUUUAGAAUGUAAAUUGAACCCACAUUGGAAAGCUUUCAAUUAUGCGUUGGCUGGAUAAAGGUAGAAGAUAUGCUAAACAUGUGCAAAUAAAAUAAGAAAAUAAGCUUAAGACGAAAGAACCAGCUGGAAGCAUUGUUGCAUCUAGGAAGACUUUCAAUUAUGCACUGUUUGGAGUAUGCAAAUAUGCAAAAUCCUUUGUUAAUAAUGAUAUACUAAAUGAAAUUGCUCAA